GUGACAAUUUUCCAGUGCAUGGCGCAUGCGUUUAAGUGUAGCCUAGAAGUCUUCGGGGAUUUGUCUAAUAUCGUGCGUAGAAAGCAGUUGUUUUUUGACAACUGCGUUUCGGAGUGUGUACGUUUGGAUACAUCGUCUUCAAAUAUUGUCAUCUUUCAGAAUUGUGUCAGAUUUGACCCUAAAGAAUAGUGCGACGCAUAGUCGCCAUCCCUCAGUCUUGCAUGCAUUUACCCACUGUAUAGACACCUUCGGCUGACAGCUACAGGGAACAAUAUUUGUGGUUCUACACGGUAAGUUCUAGGCUUUUCUUAGGUUUUCAAAAUAUAUUUACGGUAAGACAUUCAUGAGUAAUAAUACAUGUUUAUUAAAUGUAACAAGUUGUGGACUGGUGGUAAAAUUCCGAAUCUUUGGCAUGAAUAACAAUGUGUGUCCCAAAAAACAAAUGGCAUCACUGAAUAAUGUGUAUUUUGUGUAUAAUUGAUCGAAUUCAUGCAAUCUUUGUUAGGCUACCUACAUUGCAUCAAUACAUUGCAACUAAUGUAUAUUACACUAAUUUAUAACGAAUUAUGUUUUGAUUAAGGAAUAUCAUCAUGCCAUAUGAUUUCAUAUUCAUAAUAAAUAAUCUAAUUUGAACUGGGGACUUAAAGUUCUCAAACAAUAUGAGAUGACAUAGAUUUAUAUGAUAGGCUACAUUUAUCUGACUGGUGAAGGAUUGAACAGUAUUAAUUGUACUUUAAUGUUUUUACACAGUAAACUCAAAUGUGACAUGCUAGAUAAAAGUGAUGGUGAAGAGUAGUUUGAUUCAUUGAAAACUCACCAACCCAUUACAGACUACCAAGACACAGAACCAUGUUGAUUGGGUGUUUUAAAGUAAUAAUAGCACCAGCUAAUUACAUGUGAAGUAGCAUAGGGGAAACAUUAAAUAUAGUGUGUAGGACCAUAGCAGCCAGAUAGAGGCUAUAGAGGAUACUUUUGCUACAUUGUCUUGUAUUCAUUUCAUUUGAAAUGAUACAUCGUCACUGUCCCAAAUUGCCUAUUUCCUAUAUAUUAGUGCACUGGGCCUUGGUCAAAAUAAGUGAACACACAGCAGGCCUUAAAGCCUAAUCUGGUUGAUAUGUGCACUGUCAGAAUGGGCUAGUUCCAUGCCAUCAACUUUAUCCAGGUGUUCACUGCUACAGGCCUCUGAUAGGCAUCAGGUCUGCUGCAAUUGGUUUCCGAGAUAAAGUUUCCCCUAGGUACAGAUCUAGGAUCAGCUUCCCCUCCCUCAAUCCUAACCGUAACCGUUAAUGUGAAAAAUGCUAAACUGACCCAAGAUCAGCGUCUAGGGCCAACAUCUCACUACAAUCUAUAGGUUUUUGGGAGCGCCUGUGUGGCUCAAUCAACAGACAACUCGAUAAUAUUCAUUUCAAACCACAUUGUUGUGCACACUGUAGUGUGCCUAUUGUAGUGGUGGUGGUGUAAACUGUUCUUCUCAUGCAUUCACCACAAGAUUAGUGUCUCUCACAUCAUCUUCAUGUUCUCACAGGACAUACAGACUCUCUCUCUCUCUCUCUCUCUCUCUCUCUCUCUCUCUCUCUCUCUCUCUCUCUCUCUCUCUCUCUCUCUCUCUCUCUCUCUCUCUCUCUCUCUCUCUCUCUCUCUCUCUAUAAUAAUAAUAAUAAUAUGCCAUUUAGCAGACGCUUUUAUCCAAAGCGACUUACAGUCAUGCGUGCAUACAUUUUUGUGUAUGGGUGGUCCCGGGGAUCGAACCCACUACCUUGGCGUUUCAAGCGCCGUGCUCUACCAGCUGAGCUACAGAGGACCACUCUCUCUCUCUCUCUCUCACACACACACAUGCAACACACACAUUCUGUUUUAACUGUGCUGUGAUAGUUCAAAAAGUAAAUGUCACCAUAAGGCUGUGUUUUUGAGUAUGUAAGCAUGUGUCUGUGGAUGUUAAGUCCUGUGUCAGCUUAUCUCUGCAGGGCACCCAAAUCCUGUCCAUGGAGAGCUACCCUCCUGUGGAUUUUUGCUCCAACUCCAGGUGCAACCAUCCUGAUUCAGCUUCUCAACCAGCUAAUUAUUAGAAUCAGGUGCGCUAGAUUAGAGUUAGAGUGAACCUACAGGACGGUAGCUCUCCUGGAACAGGGUUGGAGAGCAUUGCUGUUGUGUCAUUGUUUGAGUAUCAGCCCAGGCAUCUUAUCCUUUGAUGCAAGUGCUUCUCAAUAAACUGAUAGGGAGUGACUACAGGCUACUAUUUCAAAAUGCUUAUCUGAUGUUUUCUAUUGUAGAGAUACAGAUUCAAGGUGCAGUGUUUGUCUUCUCAAUGAAACACCAUCAACAUGACCAAUUUCACAUAGAAAUGUGAGUUAUAGAUCUGUUCUUAAGUUUAGUUUUUGCGUCUUUUACUUUAGGUUUUGUACAGCAGCUUCAAACAGCUGAAAAUACAAUAUUUUGGGUUAUUGAAAAUAUAUUUCACAGCGGUUUAAAUGGUACAAUAAUUCUCUACAUUGCUUGUUUUGUCACAUAAACUGAAAUUAGGCGAACUAUCAGAAUUUUCGCUACCAUAUUGCACCUUUAAGUCACCCUUGUUUUUUAAAGAGAGUGGAGAUCCACUCUACUUUAAGGUAUUUUUUCAAUCUUUGUUAAGAUAGGCAUGGACACAAAUUGGGAGAUAGAAAUGAGGAAGACACAGGAGGAAGGGUAGAGACAGGAAAUUAACCCCAGUUUCUAGUGGGGAGGCAUGUGCUUGAAGCCAGGUUCUGCAUCACCUUUGGUAUUUUUUUAAUGAGUGACACAGAGACAUUUAACAUUUUAAUCAUUUAGCAGCCGCUCUUAUCCAGAGCAACUUACAGGAGCAAUUGGGGUGAAGUACCUUGCUCAAGGGCACAUCAAUAGAUUUUUGUUCACCUAGUCGGAUCUGGGAUUCGAACCAGUGACCUUUCAGUUACUGGCCCAAUGCUCUUAACCGCUACCUGCUGCCCAGACAAUGGUAUCUGUUAGAUAGUGUUCAUUGGCACAAAGCAGAAGAUUACAUUCUAAUCCUGUUGGUAAAACAGGUUACAAACCCACCUAAAUGGCUCCAUCCAAAAAGCAAACAGACAAUGGUCCAUUUGUAGAUUGUCUUUACUGGCUCACAGUACACUAGAAUUAUGGUGUUAUGCUCAGUUAAAAGUAUACUAGACUCCCAAUUUGUGGUGUGAUCUUACACAUUCGAGCGCUACUCAUCCCCAGCCCUGCAGGUUACCAUCUGUUUAAUAGGGGGGAACCAGAAAGCCUUAUUCACUAAAAUUGUCUGUUUCCGUCCUGUUGGGGCAGGUCUAUUGUUUACAUAUUAACGUCUGGAUAAAGUUUCAUAUUCAUGAUGUAGUUCCUGCUAAGAUUGUGCUGGUUGGGGAAAUCGGUGGUGAGUGUGUAGGUGCGUACUCUCAAAUAUAUUUCAAAUAGCAGUGGACUAAGAUUGGGGUCAUAUUUUCUUACAAAUGUGUCACAAACAAUGUGGAAAGUGCCACUUUCUGAUGAGCGGGCUGGGACUACAUCUUUACCUAGAAUUUGCUUUGGCAUCUCUUGCCACUUCUGCCACCAUCGCAAGCAGUUAGACACAAUCCCUGACCUUAAUGGGUGAAUUAGCGAGAAAGAUAACUUUUUUUAAAUGCUGUUUUUACAGAGAGUAAAGUGUAGUUUUAGUGCUGUUUCCUCUGUGUGAUUUCCGGUUUAGUCAAAGUUUCACAUCCUGCAGACACAGCGAUAGUUUCUUUCUUCUCAUACGGGUCGUUAGUUUCUUUUCAUCAGGGUGAUAUUCAUUUCCAUUUUGGUCCUUUAGCUUAUACCAGAGUGAUUUACAGUCAGUGAUUAUUGCAAGUAAAACCUUCCUAAAAACAGCAGUUAUCAGCGAAAUCGGCUGUGGUGCUAUUAAGUGUUGGUGCAAGAAAGACAAGGACAACAGUUAAGUGUUAAUUUAGGGUAACACACAACAUGCAUUCUAUUUUGCUUUGUUAUUGUGUUUGUUGUUGUUGUAUUGGCUUUGUGCCAUACUGUCUGUCUAGAAACUACAGUGAAUGGACGGAAUAGCGUAAUACCAAUCCCAAACGGUAUUCUGUAUGAAACCAACUGCCACGUGUGACAUCAAUGACACUAUUAAUCCCAAAUAAUCUUUGAUCUUAACAUAGGCCGUCCGAAUCAGAAUCGCAAAGCAUUGGACCCCUUUUCUAUAGGCGACAAUGGCAGAUUAUAGGUCAGCCUUGUCUUUGUGUCAUGAACAAUUUGUCGCCAUGUGUUUGAAUGGUACUGUAAGUGUGGCCCCUAUCUGUUCUAUACAGUGGGAUAUGAUGUAGUCAGCCCUUCUCUUAUGGACCAACUGUAUGUGGCCAACCAUUGUUGUAUUAUCACAGUGUUAUUUCCAUUUGAGGCUGCAUGAAAACUUGUAGAUAAAGGACGAUGUAGAGAGAGCAUGGGAGUAGGCCAUGGAUAUAGGAGCAUGAAUGAGAUGUGUGCUUGUGUGACGAGUACUGAGGAUACGAAGCGGCAGGACUCAACAAGGUAAAGGUUUACUUAACAAUGAGAAAGAGAAUAACAAGGAGCGAGUAAACGACACGACGCUACCAAUUACACACAACAGGUUGGAUGGGGAGCGUUGCUGCACAGCUAUUUUCAGGUCUCCAGAGAUGUUCGAUCGGGUUCAAGUCUGGGCUCUGGCUGGGCCACUCAAGGACAUUCAGAGACUUGUCCCGAAGCCACUCCUGCGUUGUCUUUGCUGUGUGCUUAGGGUUUUCAUCAAGGAUCUCCGUUAAUCUUUUCCUCGAUCCUGACUAGUCUCCCAGUCCCUGACGCUGAAAAACAUCCCCACAGCAUGAUGCUGCCACCACCAUACUUCACCGUAGGGAUGGUGCUAGGUUUCCUCUAGACGUGACACAUAGCAUUCAGGCCAAAGAGUUCAAUUUUGGUAUUGGCUCUGUCUAGUCCCUCUGCAUCAGACAUAUGGUGAGCAAUAUGUUUGGACUAUGAAAUCGCAAUAAAAUCACAUUAUUGAAUGGCAAUGAAUAUAGAAUCGCAAUACAUAUCGUAUCGGCAGCUAAGUAUUGUGGUAAUAUUGUGAGGUCCCUGGCAAUUCCUAGCUCGUGGGGUCUCAAAGGAGCAUAGGGGGUUUCAAGGAUGUGUGUGUGUGUGUGAGAGAUAGUUUUUUGUGUGUAGACCAACCUAUGAGGAGUUUUUUGUGUGUAGACCAACCUAUGAAGAGUUUUUUGUGUGUAGACCAACCUAUGAGGAGUUUUUUGUGUGUAGACCAACCUAUGAGGAGUUUUUUUGUGUGUAGACCAACCUAUGAGGAGUUUUUUGUGUGUAGACCAACCUAUGAGGGGAGGUGGCUAACUGAUUGGGCGAUAUAUUAAACAGGAUGUUCUCUCUCUCUCUCUCUCUCUCUCUCUCUCUCUCUCUCUCUCUCUCUCUCUCUCUCUCAGGGUUUCAUCAUCUCCACAAACACUCCAGACAUGAGAAGGAGCAGGUGAAGAUGUCCCUGAAGAACACCAAAAGUAAGCAGCUUUUUUGUUGAUGUGAUUUAAACCAGUAUUUGUAUGCAUUAUAUCCAAUUCUGUUAGUUUGAGAAUUGAUAGAUGCUUCAGAUUUCAGGUAAUCUAAUGUCAGGUAAUUUAGUCAGUCAUGACUUUAAACCAGUCAUGGUAUUAUGUUAUUGUAUAUUCUGCUGCUAGGGUUUUACUUAACCUUAGUCAGUUCAAAUGUGAGGGGAGGUUAGUAAAACAAAUGGGCUUUUCUUGUGAAUAUAUUGAAAUGUGUUGUUUGUAACACCUUAUUGUAAAUAGACACCACGGACAUUGAAAUUGUCAAGACUUUGUCUUGUUGCUACUCUGCAAUGUGUAGUGUGUUGAAAAACAGACCCGUUACCAUUAGUCAGAUUCCAGGACGUUUUCACUGUCUUGAAGUUUACGUUAAGUUCACUUGAAGUUCACAUUUUCAAUUAUUAAUAUAUUAUUAUCUGAAAGGAUAAACUGAUCCUAGAUUGAUAUAUACAGCCCCCAGAGCUUGAGUUUGACCCGUCUUUGUUUAUAUUUGUGUCACAGCAUAGCACAGCAUGAUGCACUCGCCUGGGUCAAAAUCGUCUGGUGAAGAAUAUUUUACUGUAAUGAAUACUCAGGGAGAAAAAGGUGUAGAUUCACGCACAGAGCUCGGCAGGUGUUUAUUAGGCCUUCGCAGGAGGCAAGAAUCGUGGUCACAGGCGGGCAAUGGUCAUACACAGGUAGGCAAACAGGCAGGUGAAUCAAAACUAGGACUGAAGGCUAUAACUGGUUCUCACAAACGAGCUAGGAAAAGGCUUAGUAGAGUCAAAACAAACAAUACCUCACAAGGCACAAACAGAAUGAACUGAACUAAAUAAGGAGCUGAUGAGACCAGGUGAGUAACUAAUACAGGUGAAAUCAAUGAACAAAAAUGAAAGACAGGGCUACGUUCAAGAACACAAGGUGAACUAAGAAAAUAAAUACAGAACCUUACAUUUACUGCAUUAAAUUGAAAUAACAAAUGCCCUUGCGACUUCAACAUCACCAGGGAAAUAACUUUCUCUUAUGGAUUUUGACCCAGGCGAGUAUGGCAUACUGUGCUGAGAAGCGUGCACAUUUUUUAAAUCUGUACAUUAAAAUUGCCUUCCUGUGUUCAUUUGCAGCAUGGUCCAGAGUACUUGUACCUGUGCUGCUGCUGUGCUGUGUGUCCUACUACUGUUCACAUUUCUUCCUUCAGAGGUAAAGCUCCCCUUUGUCUUCAUUCAGCCACCUGGUCCUCCUCAAGGUUCUUCUGCGUUUGACAGGAUUUGAGUGCUACAUAGGGUGGCAGAGUUUAUGCAAGCACAGAGUGGCUUGUAAGAGAGAUACAGGGUGCGUCUCAAAUGGCACACUAUUCCCUAUAUAGUGUACUACUUUUGUGCCAAUGGGCUCUGGUCAAAUGUAGUGACUAUAUAGGGAAUAGAGUGCCAGUUGGGACGCACACACAUACUCUUUAGCAAGGCUGGGGGGAGAGAUAAAGCUUGGUUCAGGACUGCCAUGACCAGGGACUAGUCAGGGCGUUAGAGAAAGACAGAGGAGAAGCUCAAAGUCUCUUUGCAGGAGGUGUUGUCCAAAUGCAAAAACAACGUUCCUUUGCAUGUGACCUUUUUAGCCAAGAUAAGUGGGUCUGCUAGACUGAUAAGUGGCGCUUUGUAUUCAAUAUAGCUAUCUAAACUCGUUCAUUACAGAAAAAUUACAGAACAUUACACAUGGUACGUAUAAGAGAGAAAUAGAGCUGUACCGAUGCCAGAUAGCUUCGACCAGACCAUCCCAUCAAGAUCAGGAUUUGCAUCUUUUGACCAAUGGGUAAAAUAAUAUGUUAAUUGUCUAGAUAAUCGUCUAAGAAAACCAAUGGUCCAAACCACGUCUGUCAUAAUCCGUUCAAAGGUUAUUUGAGUUUUUACCCUUGUAGGAUGGUCAGAAUUAGGGUGACUUAAAGAAUGGAGGCCAGAGAAAAAAAAGUGGUCUAAAAUCAGGUAUAUUGUAUUGCGUCAGCUAGGCUGGAUUCUGUGCAAGAAUUAAUGCUACUGGCUACCUGACAGGCUGACUUUCCUGUUGAACUCGUCAUCUUUCUUCUCGAAUCCGCAGGACAUAAAACAAUAUAGAGGACAAAACAAUAUAGGGACAUGACAUGUAGUAUUUUCAUAUUUUAGUAUACGCUUUUCAUAUUAAUUAGAAAUUCCUGUUAUUUUUCAAACUUUUCUCACAAAAACAAGCGUAUCUCUAUGAAAUGUCAACAGAGCACUGAGCGUAUACCAAGCUUUUUUUCCCAAAGCCAUUUACAUUGAAUUCAGCUCGUAUGAUGCUAAUUUAGCUUUUUGAUACCCGUGGAAACGACUUUGCAGACGACCACCACAAAAUGUAAAAUCCUCAAAAGUUGUUAUGAGAAACCUGAAUGUGCGCCAGCUCAUGCUAUUUAUGAGAAACCUGCGUCAACAGAGUUCGGUGCAUUAUUGCAUUUGUUAGGCUGUUUUUAAAAAAUAUAAUGUUAAUGAUAUGUUAGAGAAAGACCCCACUGAACGAUUCAUAACAUGAGUAAUCAUAUUUGUCUUGGUAAAAAUGUAUAUUAUAACAUAAGGAAGUUAAAUUUAAUCACCAAAGCGUGUCACCAAUUUCAUCACCAUCCUAGCAUUUGAUAGCAAUUUGACAGAAAUAAGGAUUUUAAUUCUACUGACCAUAUAUAGCGCUUCUCAAGAACACUUGAGUUACUCAUAAUUAGGGAGUCUUGUUCACUUUCACCACAGUAUAUGUUGUUGUACAACGGCUGUCCCCAUAGGAGAACCCUUUGAAUAACCCUUUUUGGUUCCAGGUAGUUCUACCUGGAACAAAAAAGGGUUUUACCUGGAACCAAAAAGGGUUCUCCUAUGGGGACAGCCGACGAACCCUAAGAGUGUAGCAUAAGCAUGGGCAAGGUGGUAGCUCAUUCCUACCACAGAUAACCACAGUGGAAACCAACGUUUUGUCCCCAGCUUUUGGUUCGCAGUUGAGACCAUUAACCACCGCAGAGACCACAUACUGUGUGUGUUUCAGUCGAGUCUCUAUUUCAGUGGUGUGUUUCUGUUUGGUUUCCAUGUUCUGUGUGUUUCAGUCAAGUCUCUAUUUCAGUGGUGUGUUUCUGUUUGGUUUCCAUGUUCUGUGUGUUUCAGUCGAGUCUCUAUUUCAGUGGUGUGUUUAUGUUUGGUUUCCUGUGUUUUUCAGUAGCGGAGGGGCUUUCAGUAAGGCCCUCUGUGACAGCUGGAACAUCUCUCAGAAGUGGGAGAGUCUCAACUUCAAGUGAGUAAUUAAGUCUACUUGAUAAGAAACACGGAGGAGAGGAGAGGAGAGUUUGUUGUUUUUCUUUCUUUCUCCCUCUCUCUCCCCCUCCCCUGCAGAUAAGAUUACGCUUUUCUUUCUCAACUACCAAAUAUUUGGGUCAUAGGCCCUAUUUGAAUAAUUAAUGUAAAUAUAGCAUCGAAAAAAAUAGGGAAGAAAAAUACAUGACAAAUAACAUGAAUAUCACAAAUGGCCAUUCAAAAUAAGAAAACCAACAUUUGCAUGUUUCUCUUCUGCUUUUUUCUUUUCUUUGUGGUUUCUUGGAAAUGUGACCAGUUAGUUGGGUCAUGUUUUGCAAUGGUAAUGGCAUUUUUUUUUUUUCUUCGAACAUUAACCAAUGAGUUUGGUUUUGCAAUGAUACAAUGAGUUUGGGUUUGUUUCUCAGCACAAGUUUAAUUCUUAACACAUUCAUAUCUAAAUCAAGCUUUGAAGAAAGUAUAUAACAUCUAACUUCCUUCCACAAUUAUAGUUAUUUUAAGUGAUAGUCUAUGCCACAUUGAUUUAAUAUUUCUUAUCAGCACGUGUAUGUAUUUCUACCUGUGUUUUCUCCUACCAGUGUGAGCAGGAAUGCUCAACUCUUCUUGAAGCUAGACGAUUUCUUCUGGCGAAGCUACUUGUCCAUGUUAGCCUUGCCUUAUGGUGUUAAGGGCAGUGGUAAGUUGUCACCAUCCUCCACUUCAAAUGGUACUUCCAAUGGUGGCUGGUGGGACUUUAAAUAGAAGGACAGGCUUAAUGUAAUGGCUGGCACGGAAUUAAUGGAACGGUAUCAAACACAUCGAACACGUGUUUGAUACCACUCCAAUCAAUCCAUUUCUAUGAGCCGCCCUCCCCUUCACCAGCCUCCUCUGGGUACUUCAUACAAAAUGCAUAUUCUGUUAAAGGUGCUUUUCAGUGGGCUCUUAUUUGAAUGAUGCUUUUGGACUAGACUAGUGCAUGUUAUGUUAUUCCUAUGACAGUGUUAUUACUGACAUGUAAUAGCAAGCAUCAGUGUUACUAGUGUUAUCUGAAUUAACCAUGUCUGUAUCUCAUGUUUACAUUUCUUGUGUGAGAUGUUUAUGUUCAUUUUCUGUUUUCCAGAGCUUUUCCUCGUGAAAGCAUUGUCAGCCAUAGCCAGCUAUGACAUGCCAGAGACGAUAAAAAAGUUAGGUCAAAGUAUAUCUCAUCCCUGACAAUGACACUACUGUAAAAAAAAUUAAAUGUUUGCAUAAGAUUACAAUCUAGUUUAUGAAUCUAUUGAAGUUAAUAUUUUACUCAGCUGACAGUUGACACAUUCCUGAUUAUUGACAGAUCAUGUUUUUAAAAGGUCUACCAUGAUACCUUGGUUGAGCUGUACUGUUUUGUCCUCUUCCUGCUCUUAGUUUGCCUUGCAGAACCUGUAUGGUGGUUGGAAAUGGGUUCGCCAUCAAGAACACCUCGUUAGGAAGUGCCAUUAACAAGUACGACAUAGUGAUCAGGUAAAGAGACUGAGUGCUUUAUGUCUUGCUAUGGCACGUUUAUGUCAUGUUAUGUCAUGGUUAUAACAGCAGUAUGCAGACUGAGUGACUAUGCUUCAUGUAAUGUCUUAUUGGUCGUUCCCAGGUUGAACGAUGCCCCAGUUCGGGGGUAUGAGACCGACGUGGGGAACAAGACUACCAUGCGUCUCUUCUACCCUGAGUCAGCUUCCUACAACCCCAGCAUCCACAAUGACCCUGAUACCCUCAUGGUCCUCGUGCCUUUCAAGCAGCAAGACGUGCGCUGGCUCAAAGAGAUCCUGUACAACGAGAAGAGGGUACUAUACUGGAUGUGAUAUUUUCAACACUAAGACAGGGAUGCCCAUUACUCCCCAUCUAACAUAAGACAAGAUAUGAUAUGAUGAGAUGAGAUGAGAUGAAGUAAGGUUUUAUUGUCUGUUUACACAGAAAUGUGCCUUGCAACUAUAAAACUGAUUACAGGACAUACAAUGUCAUAUAUGAGGUAAAGAACAUGAAUGGAUGACAGGGGAUUAUACAACUGAUCACACACACACAGACACACACACACACUCUCUCUCUCUCUAGUUAGUCUACCUCUUUCUGUUUCAUCCACACACACAAACACAUCCAUGCACACACUUUUCUCUCCCGCUCUCUCCCCAAUGCCACGUUAAAAUCCCCUAUCCGUUUAAACAUUAUCCCCCUCACCUGCUGGAACAUUGUAUUUUCCACCCUAUCUCCCUACCCUGAGGCUCUGUUAGUAGGUUGUGUUGGAGCAGUGUCUAAUAAUAAUGUUGAAAGGAACAGCCUUUGGGUGUAGGGUCAUGCCACCCUCAUUUACACAGUAGUCUAAUUCUAAGCGGGAAGAGAAGGCACCUGUGAUCAACCAAUGACUGGGCAGGAGUUAAUACUUAGAUCUAGGCUCUGUUGUAAUUUCCACACUAGCAUAGCACAUACAGUGGCGUGAAAAGGUAUUUGCCCCCUUUCUGAUUUUCUCAAUUUUUCAUAUUUUUGAUACUGAAUGUUAUCAGAUCUUCAACCAAAACCUAAUAUUAGAUAAAGGUUUACAAAUAACAAAAACAAAACAAAAUAUUAUUUUAUUUAUUUAAUUAAUAAAGUUAUGCAACCCCGAAUUCAACUGCAGGAAGCAUUCGGUUGCAGUCUUUGCAGCUAAAGUUUUUGAGUGUAAGGGGGCAAUUACUUUUCCACACAGGGGAAUUGGGUGUUGCAUAACUUUGCUAAUUAAAUAAAAAAAUUAGUAUAUAUAUUUUUUGGUUUGUAAACUCAGGUUCCCUUUAUCUAAUAUUAGGUUUUGGUUUAAGAUCUGAUAACAUUCAAUAUCAAAAAUAUGCAAAAAUAGAGAAAAUCUGAAAGUGGGCAAAUACUGUAAAAUUAAGCAAUGUAUUGGGAAUGCAUCCUAAGUACACCUGGGUUCAAAUACUAUUUGACAUUUUUCAAAUACUUUUAGUGUUUGGUGUAGCCUGCCUGGAGUGCCAGAUGGGUAGGUGCAUUGCACCUGGCUAGCUCAAUCAAACCGAGCGAAAGUAUUUGAAAUGAUUUCAAAUAGUAGUUGAACCCAGGUCUGAUUCUAAGUAGUAUGCUGGUGUGGAUAUUGGAACGUAGCCCUACUAGUGAAGCUGUUUUAACCAGGGGCCGUAUGUAUCAGCGUCUCAGAGUAGGAGUGCUGAUCUAGGAUCAGUUUUGCCUUCAUGAUGAAUAAGAUUACAUGGAUAGGGGGACCUGAUCCUAGAUCAGCACACUUAAUCUGAGACACUUGAUACAUAUGGACCACCCAGGACUCUUUUUAACUAGACUCACUCUAUUCACCCUAUCUGUGGCCUCAGAUCAGAAAGGGCUUCUGGAAACCCCCUCCUGAGAUCUGGUUGGGUAAAACCAGCAAUAUCCGCAUCCUGGACCCCUACUUCCUGCAGCAAACGGCCAGCCGCCUGCUCCACUUGCCUCUCAACACACCUCCAAAGACCAACCAGGUGAGAGCUGCUCAGAAUAGCUGCUCACCCUACCAGAAAUGUACUUGUUUAAAGCGAGUUGGAAGUACAAUUAUUACAUUAUGGGAAAUGGUAUUGUAACACAAUAGUUAAAAAUGCAUUUCACCAUGUCUUUGCUUUCACAAACAUGAAAAGCUAAAAUUGCCAUUUCGCAUACCAUGGAACAUUUUAGAAUUGCAAACGGGACGUGUUAAUCUUGUGUGAAAUUUACGCUAUAGGGUAGCUCCUCGUUAGCCAGACGCUUCAAAAUACUAUCUAGCAAAAAUGGCACUAGUGUAAUAAGUCGACGUUCUGGUCAUUUAACCACCAUGUCAGCCUUGUUCUUGUCAUUUGAGUAACUUUUAAGAUUUUAGUGGUUAUAUUUAGGAGCUUCCUAGAACGGUUAGAAAAUGUCUGAAGCGUGCAGACAAGUUACUGUAAUGAUAAGAAGGCUAUGAACGUAGCUUUGUUUGGGUGUGAAAAUAAUUGCUUUUCAGAGAAGCGCCUGUCAAAACUCUCUCCCAUCACCACGGUCAAUAAGGUGUCAAGAGGGUUUAGGGUCAAGCUAAAGCUUCAAUUAAUAUCUGUGUAGUAAUCUAUAAUUAUUCAUCGUCGUUGUAUCAAUAUUAGUGGUCACAUGAAAGUAGAUAAAUUAUUAUGCAUGUGUAACCGGUGUGAAAUGGCUAGCUAGUUAGCGGUGCGCACUAGUGGCGUUUCAAUCGGUGACGUCACUCGCUCUGAGACCUUGAAGUAGUUGUUUGCCUUGCUCUGCAAGGGCCGCGGCUUUUGUGGAGCGACGGGUAACGGUGCUUUGAGGGUGACUGUUGUCGAUGUGUGCAGAGGGUCCCUGGUUCACGCCCAGGUAGGGGCGAGGAGAGGGACGGAAGCAACACUGUUACACAUGUAGUGGGAAAGAUGGUAUUAGUGCAGUGUUAAUGUCCAUACAGUUUCAUGAGUGACUGGUUUCAUUGAAAACAUUGGGUUCAUUUGAAACUAUAAGUAUUACUUUGGAGCCUUGGCUGUUCCCGGCCAAGCUAAUGAUGUCAUUACUUAGAAUGUCAGUGGCAAAAAUCACACGUUGACGUAUUUCUUUUUUUCUGACCUUGGAGUUUGCCCACUCCUCCUUUCUUAAGGUGCCGUCCUCGUCUUCCUCUGUGCGUAGGGGUUCGAUUCAGCACUGAGCGAAAUGCCCCGACUGUUACAAUGGUGCUUUGUCCCCACUCUUAAAGUGCUCUUCAAGUUCAAAAUGUGGCAUACCUUGGCUCUCAAAGGAUGUGCUGGAAACUUAAGGUAACUGUCUUGAAAUGGAAAUGUGUGAGAAAAUAGGAAUUAUGGAGAGGACGUUUAAGGUUAUGGUGAUGCCCGUGAGACGAUGUGGUUUAUUUUGUCGCCGAUACUUCUCUCAAGUUUUUUACUGAACCUGACUGGUUAUCCACCCUUGUCUGAAUAAAGCGAUGUAUCCAGGCAGCAGACCUGGGUUCAAAUAGUAUUUUUUUUAUUUCAAAGGCUUUUACUCUAAUUUAAGCGUGAGGUCAUGUGUGUUUGUGGAGGAUCACUAGUUUAAGCCCAGCAAGGAGACAGGUACAGUAAGGGUAGCUAUACUGCUAAAGUGGCACAGUGACAUCCGUCACACCUGCCUUGAGUGCCAGAUGCGUUGAUUUUGCACUUUUGGGACUAUUCUAUUGGUUCCAUUGUGCCAGGCAAGCUCAUUUUAAGUUUUUGAAAGAAAACAGAAGUAGAAGUAUGAAGAAGCAGAAGUACGUGGCCUGUUUUGACUGAAGGAAUGUCAGAACAUUUAAUCCCUAUUUCAGGAAGUGCCUUUUAAGCUUCAUUUUAACUUCACUUCAAAAAUCUAAGUUUAAGAAACAAACAACGUCUUCAAGUACAGCGGAGCUCUGCUACUAUUUAUUUCCUCUCUAGAUAUUUAAGUCUCAUGACUCCAUGGGCAACCUCUCACAUUGCAGGCAGUGGUGUAGUGGAGGGUAAGUAAACACAGUUUACCCACUUUUUUCCCACUCCGGGACAGUUUACCCACCUUUUGCAGAAAAAUUCAUUAAAAAAGUAUAGCGAGCUAAAAGCAGAAGGACUCUGCCCUCAAUAUCAUCGGCCCUGAAACUAGGGCUUGGUUUGAAUACUUUCCAAAUGCAUCCUUCCUUCCUGUCUUCCUUGAAGUAAUCACUGGUCUAAAGUGACUGGAUUGGUGAAAGGUAUGUUAUGGGACCUUUGCUUUCAACUAUCCAAUCUCAUACUGAUUAAUGACUAGGAAGGGAGGACAGUAGGAUGCAUUUUCUGUGUGGUCCAGUGGUUUUGCCACUGACCCCGCUGCGCUGGUGCAAGAGUUGGCAUGGGUUUGAAUUCACCCACUGCCCUUUAACUCUAUCUCCUCCAAUCUUUCCUGUCUUCUCUCUACUGUUCUAUCUGUUAAAAAAAAAAUAAUAGAGCCAAGCGUGUCUCUUGUAAACUUGAUUAAAUCAUGUAAAGAUUGUGACAUGGCCACUCUUGAUGAGGUCACUUUAGGGAAUGGCGCUCCUCCUAUUAGUCACAGCUAGUAGUUGGGUCACUGAUGUUAUCCUUCCUCUUUCGUCUCCUCCUUUCUCUGGAAGGAGUGACUAAGAAAACAAACCUUGUUUUGUAAGGGAUAUGACUCAAAGGGUGGAGAGGCGUACAGUGGGGAAAAAAAGUAUUUAGUCAGCCACCAAUUGUGCAAGUUCUCCCACUUAAAAAGAUGAGAGAGGCCUGUAAUUUUCAUCAUAGGUACACGUCAACUAUGACAGACAAAAUGAGAAUUGUAUUUCCAGAAAAUCACAUUGUAUGAUUUUUAAUGAAUUUAUUUGCAAAUUAUGGUGGAAAAUAAGUAUUUGGUCAAUAACAAAAGUUUCUCAAUACUUUGUUAUAUACCCUUUGUUGGCAAUGACACAGGUCAAACGUUUUCUGUAAGUCUUCACAAGGUUUUCACACACUGUUGCUGGUAUUUUGGCCCAUUCCUCCAUGCAGAUCUCCUCUAGAGCAGUGAUGUUUUGGGGCUGUCGCUGGGCAACACGGACUUUCAACUCUCGCCAAAGAUUUUCUAUGGGGUUGAGAUCUGGAGACUGGCUAGGCCACUCCAGGACCUUGAAAUGCUUCUUACGAAGCCACUCCUUCGUUGCCCGGGCGGUGUGUUUGGGAUCAUUGUCAUGCUGAAAGACCCAGCCACGUUUCAUCUUCAAUGCCCUUGCUGAUGGAAGGAGGUUUUCACUCAAAAUCUCACGAUACAUGGCCCCAUUCAUUCUUUCCUUUACACGGAUCAGUCGUCCUGGUCCCUUUGCAGAAAAACAGCCCCAAAGCAUGAUGUUUCCACCCCCAUGCUUCACAGUAGGUAUGGUGUUCUUUGGAUGCAACUCAGCAUUCUUUGUCCUCCAAACACGACGAGUUGAGUUUUUACCAAAAAGUUCUAUUUUGGUUUCAUCUGACCAUAUGACAUUCUCCCAAUCCUCUUCUGGAUCAUCCAAAUGCACUCUAGCAAACUUCAGACGGGCCUGGACAUGUACUGGCUUAAGCAGGGGGACACGUCUGGCACUGCAGGAUUUGAGUCCGUGGCGGCGUAGUGUGUUACUGAUGGUAGGCUUUGUUACUUUGGUCCCAGCUCUCUGCAGGUCAUUCACUAGGUCCCCCCGUGUGGUUCUGGGAUUUUUGCUCACCGUUCUUGUGAUCAUUUUGACCCCACGGGGUGAGAUCUUGCGUGGAGCCCCAGAUCGAGGGAGAUUAUCAGUGGUCUUGUAUGUCUUCCAUUUCCUAAUAAUUGCUCCCACAGUUGAUUUCUUCAAACCAAGCUGGUUACCUAUUGCAGAUUCAGUCUUCCCAGCCUGGUGCAGGUCUACAAUUUUGUUUCUGGUGUCCUUUGACAGCUCUUUGGUCUUGGCCAUAGUGGAGUUUGGAGUGUGAUUGUUUGAGGUUGUGGACAGGUGUCUUUUAUACUGAUAACAAGUUCAAACAGGUGCCAUUAAUACAGGUAACGAGUGGAGGACAGAGGAGCCUCUUAAAGAAGAAGUUACAGGUCUGUGAGAGCCAGAAAUCUUGCUUGUUUGUAGGUGACCAAAUACUUAUUUUCCACCAUAAUUUUCAAAUAAAUUCAUAAAAAAUCCUACAAUGUGAUUUUCUGGAUUUUUUUUCCUCAAUUUGUCUGUCAUAGUUGACGUGUACCUAUGAUGAAAAUUACAGGCCUCUCAUAUUUUUAAGUGGGAGAACUUGCACAAUUGGUGGCUGACUAAAUACUUUUUUUCCCCACUGUAUAUGUUUAGAAACCUACAGACCUUGGUGUUACAAGUUUUCCUUUGUAACCAAUGAGUUAGAUGGUAACAAUGAGUUAGACCCUUCAGUGUUGUGAUGCAAAAAUAUUGGCAAAAUGUAUUGCUCAUAGAAUAAAAAAGGUCCUUCCGGACAUUAUUCAUCACAAUCAGACGGUAUUCAUAGAAGGAAGAUAUAUUGGAGGCAACAUUGACAACUACUACAAAUAAUGGAAAACUUUGAGAAUGCAGGGAAACCAGGUAUAAUCGUUAUAGCAGAUUUUGAGAUAGCAUUUGAUACAGUACGUCUAGAAUCUGUUUAAAUGCCUUUUUCUUUUCAAUUUAAGAUUUCUAAAAGUGAUGUACAACAAUUCUUUAUGUAAAAUAAUAAAUUACAGUUACUUCUCUGAGAUCUUUGAAUUGUCAAGAGGCGUGAAAAAAGGUUGCUCUCUGUCACCAUACCUACAGUAUUUAAUAUGACCAUUGAACUGUUAGCUUUAAAAAUCAGAUCUAAUGAUAACAUUAAGGGGCUAAAAAUGAAGGGAUUAGAGACAAAAGGAUUAAUGUACGCUGAUGAUUCAAGUUUUCUCUUGAGUCCUCAAUCUUCAACCUUGAAGGGCCUCAUUGAGGACCUGGAUAAUUUCUCCAGUUUCUCUGGACUAAACCCAAACUAUGAUAAGUGUAUACACUAUAUUACGGAUUGGGUCUAUAAAAGAUGCUAACUUUAAAUUGCCAUUAAGGUGUCGGCAUGCUUCCCAGCCGAAACAGUUCGGAAGAGUUUGUGCAUAUAUUAUGCCAACAUUUUGUGCUGUUUUUGUUAGUUUUGGACUUCGGUGAGGGUUUUUUCAGCUGUACGGGCACACAAACAAAUUUCUAGAAGCAAGCCGAAGUUCGGUGCUGAAGUCUACGCCCCUUCGUCGGUGAUUGGUCGACAGUAGGUAUUCUUCAAUAAAGUCCUUGUCAUUCAACGAGAGACGACUCGUUUUCAUGCACAUUUUUUCAUUGAGAAAUACUGCACCAAACAUCUUAGUUAGAUGUAAAAUUUCGCAACUAAGAUCUCUGCAAAAAAUAUUUAUUGAGUUAAUUUAGAUUAAUUCUGUCUAAAAUGCAAAUCAAUUAAUAACAUUUUUGACAUGCGUUUUUCUGGAUUUUUUUGUUGUUAUUCUGUCUCUCACUGUUCAAAUAAACCUACCAUUAAAAUUAUAGACUGAUCAUUUCUUUGUCAGUGGGCAAACGUACAAAAUCAGCAGGGGAUCAAAUACUUUUUUCCCUCACUGUAUACUGUAUUUAUUCAUUGCUCUACCGACCCCAGUAGAAUCCUUUUUCAAAUCAUGCGAGAAAAACAUAUUUAACUUUAUUUGGAAUGGCAAACCAGAUCAAGUUAAACAAGCAUAUUUAUAUAACGAACAUGAGUUUGGAGGGUUAAAACUAUUAAAUAUUAAGGCAUUAAACCUCUCCCUUAAGGCCUCCAUUGUACCGAAAUUGUAUAUAAAUCCAAACUGGUUUUCUAGCAAGCUACUAAGAGAGGCCCAGCCUAUGUUUAAGAGUGGGCUCUUUGCCUUUUUGCAGAUUAAAACCUUACAUUUUCGGUGGAUUGACAAUGGGUACCUGUUUUAAAGUAUCUUUCAUUUUUAAAUGAAGUCAUACAGAGUUGGCUACAAUUUCAAUUUCAUCCUCCAGAAAAGGCUGAUCUAGUAUUACAGCAAAUAAUAUGUCUUAACUCCAAUGUACUGAUAGAGAAAAAACUACAUUUAUUGGAAAUUUGUUACAAGAAGGGUAUAAUAUUUAUGAAAGAACGGUAACAUUGUCACACAAGCAAUUAACAACAGUGUAUGGAGGUGUAUGCUCAAUACAAAAUUAGAACCAACUCAUCGUGGCUCUGCCACAAAAUUAAUAACAGUGUAUGGAGGUGUAUGCUCAAUACAAAAUUAGAACCAACUCAUCGCGGCUCUGCCACAAAAUUGGAAGAGACAAUGACUUAAGGAAGAAAUUAAAGAAUGGGACUGUCUGCCACCCAUUAAAUGUGGUCCUCUGUAGCUCAAUUGGUAGAGCAUGGCUCUUGUAACGCCUGGGUAGUGGGUUCGACCACCCAUACGUAAAAAAAUUUAUGCACACAUGACUGUAAGUCGCUUUGGAUAGAAGCGUCUGCUAAAUGGCAUAUUAUUAUUACAUCAUAAAUGGCUUAAAAUGAUUAGGAUAAAUCCCCCCAAAAUGAUGAGUUUCACUUAAAGUCAAAAGGUUUGACAGCAAUACCGUAUAAAAUUUAAGUCAGUUGGGAACAGGUUCUUGAUGUCCCAAUACCUUGGCAUCGGGUCUAUGAACUGACAUACAGUAUAAAACAACAAUUGGCACAUCAAUCCGUUCGUUUAAAUUUAAACCUAUUGUAUAAAAUACUUGCUACAGAAAUAAUGCUCAAUAUAUGGAGCAUUGAACAGUCAGUCUUGUGCAGUCUUUGGCAUGAGGAAACAAUCAAUAGAACAUAUUUGCUGGUACUGUCCAUCGGUGGCUCGCUUUUGGAGUCCAUUUAAAUUACAGGUUGUAAUGCAACAAAAUAGGAAAAAGGGGGAUUAAUACUUUUGCAAGGCACUGUAUGUCAUUAUAUCAGGGUUCAGAUGGACCUGCAAACGGUAUUGUUAGGGGAUCUGAAAAACCACGAUCAGUCAAUGGGAAAUAUCAUUAUACUCUUGGGUAAAGUAUUUAUUUUUAGGGCAAUAUCGGUAGAAAUGUAAUAAAUAGGGAGGUUUAGGAUCCUCAUAAGACAUCAUAGUAAAAUGGAGGGAUGUAUUGCAAAAGGAAAUAGCAAAAUGGCAUUAUACUUGGAAAGAUGGGUUAAUCUGUGGACAUCGGAGAGAUGGAGUUAAGAUCAGAAUGAUUGGUCGAUUGGCCGCUGUGGGCGAAAGUUCAGCACUUGAAGAAAGAGAAAAUGUGGAAUAUAUGUAUAAUUUAUUUAACUACAGGUACCAUAGAUGUGAGCGAAAAUAGCUGUAAGUAGUAGUAGAAGUAUUGUUGUCCGUUAGUUUACUCCAAUCAGGAUAGGGAUGGUAGGGUAGGAGGGAAAAUGUAUAGAGAAAAUAAAAAUAAGGAGGAUUAGAAAUGAUGCAAACAAUGAAAUUGAUAGAACUUACAAUAUAUCUGCAAUAUUAAAGCUGAUCUAACCCCUAAAACUGAUGUAGUGAUGGAGAAGACUGUUAGUCUUUCAUUGUUAUUUUUACAUGCUAGUGCUGCCACCUGCUGGUGAAAUAAAAUAUAAUAUCUCUAAUGGGUCUCUUAUGCUUGUCCUCACAGAUCCCAGCGCACCCUACUACUGGCAUUCUGGCCAUCUACGUGGCCCUUAACUACUGUGACGUGGUCCACAUCACUGGAUUUGGCUACCCAGAGUCUAAGUACCUGAAGCACCCCAUUCACUACUAUGGCUACGACACCAUGAAGUCUAUGAAGGUGAGGGAGGAAGUUGACAUGGGUUGCGUCCCAACAAUAUCUAAUUUCUUCUGAAGUGUACACUCAUUCACUACUUCCCACAAAUCUAAAAGCAUUGGAUUGGUGGAGGAAUGGGUCAGAGGAAGUUUCCACCAUAUUCCUUAAGCCAGUCAUUUCCUUUCAAAUCAGUGAAAGCAAGUGAAAGAGAGCACACUUUGGGAGGAAGGAGAGAUAAUUGGGAUGUAUCCCUUGGUCUAUCAACAAUCACUUGUCUUGUCUAAAACAAUAUGCAAAGUCACAUAUGAAUGACAUUGAAUAUGAUAUGUGGAGACACAUCAAAUUAAAUGUGUUGAUACAGAGGAGAGACGUUGGCGUUAUCUGUUGUCAUGAACAAUUUCAUACCACUUUGCAUGGUCUGUAGACCUAUUUGAAAAUCAAUUGAUGUUUGAAUAUCUGCUCUUCCUGACAGAAUUCGUACCACAACCUCUCCCAUGAGGCGAAAACUCUGAAGCGACUAGAGGACUCUGGUGCUGUUGUAAACCUACACCCUCACUCUUGACCAAGGCAACACAUAUGUCAUUUAGCAGAAUCCUAAGCGAUUGGCAUUAGCAUAUAUUUCCGUAUGGGUGGCCCCAGCGGGAAUCAAACCCACGAUCCAGACUACUGUACCAACUGAGCCACACAGGAUCACAGUGAAGGAAGAGAGUUGGGACACUGAAAAAGGACUUCCCUUACCUACACACCUGUAUCACAAUCUGAUAAACAUCCAACCUUUCCCCACCCCUCCUUUCAUUUAAAGAACAUUACUGCGAUGAACUGCUUCACAUUGCUCUCGAAGGCCCCGUACGCACUCAAGUUGUACAACUGAUAUACAACACAUUUGACACAACUGCUUAGAUACAAUGGAGAGUUUGUCUGCAAACAUUAUUUUACACAUCCAUUGUGUGGUGUCUCCACAACCCUUGUGCAAUUAUUUGUAAAUAAAUUCAACCACAGUUUUGUUUCAUCACAAAACCGGAGAGCAUCUGUUCUGUGAAGUCCACAAAGCAUAUUGCAUGUAACAAACCAUUACAUGACCUACAGCAUGGUCAAUCAAGUUAAUGCGUCUGACAUUUUCGGACUACUAAACAACUAUUGAUUUAGGACACCAGAGAGUUACCGCAAGUCGCAAAGAAAACAUAGAGGCUCAGAAUAAGUUAGAGGAAAAACAAAAAGAAAUGGAGGAACUUAUUCAAGAAAGAUCAAGUGUAAUAUAUUAUAAAAAAUUAAGCAAACUGGAUGGAUUUUCAACAUAGAAAUGCUACCAAAAAUAAUUAACUGAAAUUGGUUACUUUAAGCAUAAGUUUUCGUUUCAGUCACCUCCAUCUCCUCUGACUGAAGCUAAUUGAAUGGAUUUGUUUUCAUUUUUAGCAGACGCUCUUAUCCAGAGCGACUUACAGGAGCAAUUAGGGUUAAGUGCCUUGCUCAAUGGCACAUCGACAGAUUUUUCACCAAGUCGGCUUGGGGAUUAGAACCAGCGACCUUUUGGUUACUGGCACAACGCUCUUAACCACUAAGCUACCUGCCGCCCCAUCAAUAGAAUUUUACAUUCUAUUGAUAAUGUAAAAUUAACAGCCAUACAGAAAGACUCACGUGAAGGCGAAAUUACAGAGGAACUUCUGGAUGCAAUUAAAGACUUUAAGUCCGGGAAAACUCCAGGGUUGGAUGGCAUACCAGUUGAGGUAUACCAAACCUUUUUUGAUAUACUCAGAGGACCGUUAUUAGCAUGUUUUAACCACUCCUAUGUAAAUGGUAGAUUAUCAGACACUCAAGAAGGUCUGAUUUCAUUAUUACUGAAGAAGGUCUGAUUUCAUAUUACUGAAACAGGAUACAAGUGGGAAAUAUAAAGAUCCAGUCCAUUAAAAAAAUUGGAGGCCCCUUACACUUCAGUGUUGUGAUGCAAAAUGUAUAGCGCAUAGAAUUAAAAAGGUAUUGUCGGACAUUAUUCAUUCUAAUCAGACAGGUUUCUUACAUGGACAAUACAUUGGAGAUAAUAUAAGGCAAGUACUGGAAACAAUAGAACACUAUGAAAAAUCUGGGAAACCAGGCCUGCUAUUCAUAGCUGACUUUGAAAAGGCUUUUGAUAAAGUACGACUGGAGUUUAUAUAUAAAUGCCUGGAGCAUUUCAAUUUUGGAGAAUCUCUUAUAAAAUGGGUUAAAAUCGUGUAUAGUAACCCUAGGUGUAAAAUAGUAAAUAAUGGCUAUUUCUUAGAAAGUUUUAAACUGUCAAGAGGAGGAAAAUAAGGUUGUCAACUUUCGGCAUAUCUAUUUAUUAUGGUCAUCAAAAUGUUAGCUAUUAAAAUCAGAUCCAACAAUAAUAUCAAGGGAUUAGAAAAUAUGUGGAUAUACUCGGUAUACAUAUCCCAAAAGAAAGAAAUUAUCUCACGGCAAUACAUUUUAUUUGAAAGUUAGCAAAAAUAGAUAAGAUCUUGCUACCAUGGAAAGGUAAAUACCUGUCUAUUUGUGGAAAAUCACCCUGAUUAACUCUUUAGUAUUAUCCCAGUUUACCUAUUUGCUUAUGAUCUUGCCUAUGCCUAGCGAACCGUUUUUUUUUUUAAUUAUAUGAGAAAAAAAUAUUCCAUUUGAUUUGGAAUGGCAAGCCAGACAAAAUUAAAUGGGCCUAUUUAUAUAAGGAAUAUGAAUUCGGAGGACUGAAAUUAUUAAAGAUUAAACCAUUAGACCUAUCACUAAAAGCUUCAGUCAUACAAAGUUAUACUUAAAUCCGAACUGGUUCUCUAGCAAAUUAGUAAGAUUGUCUCACCCCAUGUUCAAGAAUGGCCUUUUUCCCUUUAUUCAGAUUACAACCUCUCACUUUCAGUUAUUUGAAAAGGAAAUCAUGUCCCAAAUAUCACUAUUUUGUGGUUAAACUCAAAUAUACUAAUUGAUUAAAAAAAUGAAAAAAAUAAUAAAAAAAAGUUUUUAAUAUGUAUACAUCUUUGUAAAUUAUAUCAUAGGUAGGACUGGUGGAGUUAUGUCGCACAUGCAGCUAACAAAAACAAAUGGAAAUGUCUGCUCUACCCAAAAUUACAACCAAAUAAUUGUAGCAUUACCGUUAAAAUGGAAGGGGGAAAAAGUAAGGAACUUGUCUGUCUGCCCUCCAUUAAAGACCAUAAUUGGUUAAAGAAAAUUGUGAUAAAUAAAAAAGUAUUUAAGGACCAAAGGAUUGACAGCCAUCCCAUAUAGAUUGCAAAAUAGUUGGGAAGAGAUUUUUUAUGUACCGAUUCCAUGGCACAUGGUUUAUGAACUGAUACGCAAAACGACAGCGUAUUCAAAACUUAGAAUUUUUCCAUUUAAAUGAUUAUUCAAAAUUCUUGCUACCAAUAGAAUGUUAUUUAUAUGGGGGAUACAAUCUUCCCAGCUCUGCAGAUUUUGCUGCGAAAAGACAGAAUCAUUAGAUCAUUUGUUUUGGUACUGUCCAUUUGUAGCUUGUUUUUGGUCACAAGUCCAGGAAUGGCUGAAGGAUUGCAAUAUUAACCUGGAGCUAACCCUGCAGAUAGCACUACUGGGUGAUCUGAAAAGUCAUAGUCAAUUGAUAAAUAAUAUAAUAAUACUUUUAGCAAAAAAAAAUAUUUUCAAUUCACAAUCUGUAGAAACAAUGAAAAUAGAAAGGUUCAGAACUUUUGUGAAACACCACAGUACAGUUGAAAAAUAUAUGGCAAAUAGAAAUCCAAUAUGGAUGGUGUUAAGCGACAGAUGGGAGGGGUUGAAUGGAGCUGAAGGUUGGGACUAAUAACAACUAAUAAGAACAAGAUAACUAAUGUAAAACAUACUGUGUCCAUAAUAAGUAUAUAGGUUAUAGGUUAAGAGCUUUUGUGAAAGAGCACAGUUUGAAAGAUAUGGCAUAUAGAAGCAAACCGGAUGGACAUCAUGAAAAUGAUCAGAGAGGUUGAGGGUAGAGGAAGUUCAGGAGUAAAAACAAAAUAAAUAUAACUAUUGUAAGAUUGACUGUGUCCAUAAAAUGUAUAUAGCAUGUAUAAGCUGGAUGUAGAGGCCUAAGCAUUGUUGUUCACUAUUUUACUCCAAUUAGGGGAGGGGUGGUGGGGUUGGUAAGUAAUAAAGGAAAAUAUAUUUUUAAAAAGGAUAUGUAUGUAUGUAUGUAUGUACAGUGGGGAGAACAAGUAUUUGAUACACUGCCGAUUUUGCAGGUUUUCCUACUUACAAAGCAUGUAGAGGUCUGUAAUUUUUAUCAUAGGUACACUUCAACUGUGAGAGACGGAAUCUAAAACAAAUAUCCAGAAAAUCACAUUGUAUGAUUUUUAAGUAAUUAAUUUGCAUUUUAUUGCAUGACGUAAGUAUUUGAUCACCUACCAACCAGUAAGAAUUCCGGCUCUCACAGACCUGUUAGUUUUUCUUUAAGAAGCCCUCCUGUUCUCCACUCAUUACCUGUAUUAACUGCACCUGUUUGAACUCGUUACCUGUAUAAAAGACACCUGUCCACACACUCAAUCAAACAGACUCCAACCUCUCCACAAUGGCCAAGACCAGAGAGCUGUGUAAGGACAUCAGGGAUAAAAUUGUAGACCUGCACAAGGCUGGGAUGGGCUACAGGACAAUAGGCAAGCAGCUUGGUGAGAAGGCAACAACUGUUGGCGCAAUUAUUAGAAAAUGGAAGAAGUUCAAGAUGACGGUCAAUCUCCCUCGGUCUGGGGCUCCAUGCAAGAUCUCACCUCGUGGGGCAUCAAUGAUCAUGAGGAAGGUGAGGGAUCAGCCCAGAACUACAUGGCAGGACCUGGUCAAUGACCUUAAGAGAGCUGGGACCACAGUCUCAAAGAAAACCAUUAGUAACACACUAUGCCGUCAUGGAUUAAAAUCCUGCAGCGCACGCAAGGUCCCCCUGCUCAAGCCAGCGCAUGUCCAGGCCCGUCUGAAGUUUGCCAAUGACCAUCUGGAUGAUCCAGAGGAGGAAUGGGAGAAGGUCAUGUGGUCUGAUGAGACAGAAAUAGAGCUUUUUGGUCUAAACUCCACUCGCCAUGUUUGGAGGAAGAAGAAGGAUGAGUACAACCCCAAGAACACCAUCCCAACCGUGAAGUAUGGAGGUGGAAACAUCAUUCUUUGGGGAUGCUUUUCUGCAAAGGGGACAGGACGACUGCACCGUAUUGAGGGGAGGAUGGAUGGGGCCAUGUAUCGCGAGAUCUUGGCCAACAACCUCCUUCCCUCAGUUAGAGAAUUGAAGAUGGGUCGUGGCUGGGUCUUCCAGCAUGACAACGACCCGAAACACUCAGCCAGGGCAACUAAGGAGUGGCUCCGUAAGAAGCAUCUCAAGGUUCUGGAGUAGCCUAGCCAGUCUCCAGACCUGAACCUAAUAGAAAAUCUUUGGAGGGAGCUGAAAGUCCGUAUUGCCCAGCGACAGCCCCGAAACCUGAAGGAUCUGGAGAAGGUCUGUAUGGAGGAGUGGGCCAAAAUCCCUGCUGCAGUGUGUGCAAACCUGGUCAAGACCUACAGGAAACGUAUGAUCUCUGUAACUGCUUUUCUGAUGUAUCAAAUACUUAUGUCAUGCAAUAAAAUGCAAAUUAAUUACUUAAAAAUCAUACAAUGUGAUUUUCUGGAUUUUUGUUUUAGAUUCCGUCUCUCACAGUUGAAGUGUACCUAUGAUAAACAUUACAGACCUCUACAUGCUUUGUAAGUAGGAAAACCUGCAAAAUCGGCAGUGUAUCAAAUACUUGUUCUCCCCACUGUAUAUGUGUAUAUACACUACCAGUCAAAAGUUUGGACACACCUACUCAUUCAAGGGUUUUUCUUUAUUUUUUACUAUUUUCUACAUUGUAGAAUAAUAGUGAAGACAUCAAAACUAUAAAAUAACACAUAUGGAAUCAUGUAGUAAUGAAAAAAUUCUUCAAAUAGCCACCCUUUGCCUUGAUGACAGCUUUGCACACUCUAGGCAUUCUCUCAACCAGCUUCAUCUGGAAUGCUUUUCCAACAGUUUUGAAGGAGUUCCUACAUAUGCUGAGCAGUUGUUGGCUGCUUUUCCUUCACUCUGCGGUCCAACUCAUCCCAAACCAUCUCAAUUGGGUUGAGGUCGGGUGAUUGUGGAGGCCAGGUCAUCUGAUGCAGCACUCCAUCACUCUCCUUCUUGGUCAAAUAGCCCUUACACAGCCUGGAGGUAUGUUUUGAGGCAUUGUCCUGUUGAAAAACAAAUGAUAGUCCCACUAAGCACAAACCAGAUUGGAUGGCGUAUCGCUGCAGAAUACUGUGGUAGCCAUGCUGGUUAAGUGUGCCUUGAAUUCUAAAUAAAUCACUGACAGUGUCACCAGCAAAGCACCCCCACACCAUCACACCUCCUCCUCCAUUCUUCACGGUGGGAAACACACAUGCGGAGGUCAACCGUUCACCUACUCUGCGUCUCACAAAGACACGGUGGUUGGAACCAAAAAUCUCAAAUUUGGACUCAUCAGACCAAAAGACAGAUUUCCACCAGUCUAAUGUCCAUUGCUCAUGUUUCUUGGACCAAGCAAGUCUCUUCUUCUUAUUGGUGUCCUUUAGUAGUGGUUUCUUUGCAGCAAUUAGACCAUGAAGGCCUGAUUCACACAGUCCCCUCUGAACAGUUGAUGUUGAGAUAUGUAUGUUACUUGAACUUUGUGAAGCAUUUAUUUGGGCUGCAAUUUCUGAGGCUGGUAACUCUAAUGAACUUAUCCUCUGCAGCAGAGGUAACUCUGGGUCUUCCUUUCCUGUGGCGGUCCUCAUGAGAGCCAGUUUCAUCAUAGCGCUUGAUGGUUUUUGCGACUGCACUUGAAGAAACUUUCAAAGUUCUUGAAAUGUUCCGUAUUGACUGACCUUAAAGUAAUGAUGGACUGUCAUUUCUCUUUGCUUAUUUGAGCUGUUCUUGCCAUAAUAUGGACUUGGUCUUUUACCAAAUAGGGCUAUCUUCUGUAUGCCACCCCUACCUUGUCACAACACAACUGAUUGGCUCAAACGCAUUAGGAAGGAAAUAAAUUCCACAUAUUAACUUUUAACAAGGCACACCUGUUAAUUGAAAUGCAUUCCAGGUGACUACCUCAUGAAGCUGGUUGAGAAAAUGACAAAAGUGUGCAAAGCUGUGAUCAAGGCAAAGGGUGGCUAUUUGAAGAAUCUCAAAUAUAAAAUAUAUUUUGAUUUAUUUCAAACUUUUUUGGUUACUACAUGUGUUAUUUCAUAGUUUUGAUGUCGUCACCAUUAUUCUACAAUGUAAAAAUUUUUAAAAAUAAAGAAAAACCCUUGAAUGAGUAGGUGUGUCCAGUCUUUUGACUGGUAGUGUACAUAUUGAACUUCCAUCCUCCCAGGCCAGAUGCACAAUGUAUGAAUUUAUGGUUGGAUCAGAAUCACCGUUAUAAUCAUUGGCCAGUACUUAGAAUUAAAAUGUCUAGAACAUUGAUAUCCUAUAUUCUGAGAACAUGGCAACCAUGUUCUGUGUAUGUUUGGUGGGAUGUUGACGGAAUAUUUACCUAACCCACAGAACUGGACACAUUAAUGUUUUUGCCAUGUUCUCAUACAACUGCUACAGAUUUCCAACACAUUCCUCCCUGUCCUGUAGGUGACCUUUGCACAUAGCAUCCUAUUGCUUUUCACUCUGGAAGUCUUUGUCCUAUUUUGCAGUUCAAGUACAUUUAUUUAGGGCUGGAUUCAAUCCCUAUCGACGAAGUAUGGCGGAAGAUCCGUGUUAAAAUGUAAAGGUAGGCUAAGUUCCGAUUGAGCCAAAAUAUGCAGCGUUUACCGUGAAUGCAAUCUCCGGGACCACGGAAACAUUGCCUUUAAUUGUCAAUUGCGCUAUAAAGCGAAUUUUCAGCGCUACGGAUUGAAUAUGGCCCAUCAUUAUUCACAUGGUAGAAAAAAUAUAGUAGCGAAAUUAUGCUGCAAAAUAAGAAAUUAAUUUGAGAAAAUACACCAUAGCUGAAAAGAGGCUGUCACAUUGAUGACACGGACUGUCUGGAAGUUGGUCGUACCACCAGACCUGAUUUGAGCUGGAUCUUUUUGGCUGUGGUGGUCGCCAGGUCUUUGGCACUACAGCAGGCUGUGUUGGUCUCAUAGAUGUUGUGGAAGCUGUUGUAGUCCACUUCAUAGAAGCCCUUCUCCAGGGAGAGGAC